CUCUCCGUUGGGGAGGGAAAACUGGCUCAGGAUGAAGUCAAGCUGAGAAAACCUGUCAGAAGUCUCAGUCCGGAUCUGUGCAGCGGGUCUCCGCUCGUCUGUUUCACCGAGGAUGAGCAGCCAAAGCCGGACUGAACCGUGAGUUAGUCUGGAAGUUUCUACGAGAAAGUUUGAGGAGAGAGAGUCGGGGGCCAAAGAUCUCUCCAAACAUGAUUCACCUCGAAGCCAAAGCGGAUUGUAACCCCCCACUGUGAACCCGGACUGUCCCGUGUUUUUUGAGAACCAUGAGCACCCUGCAGCAGCUGGGCUCCAUGACUUUCCUCAUGAAGAAGAAGAAGUUUAAGUUCCAGGUGUCUUUCACCUUAGAGGAGCUGACAGCUGUGCCUUUUGUUAACGGAGUCCUUUUCUGUAAGAUCCGCCUCAUGGAUGGAGGGGACUUUGCCAUCCUGUCCUCCAGAGAGGAGGUUCAGCAGAACUGCGUCCGAUGGAGGAAGAAGUUUUCCUUCGUGUGUAAAAUGAGCGCCAAUCCCAUCAGCGGCGUGUUGGACCCGUGCAUCUGCAGAGUGUCUGUACGCAAGGAGCUGAAAGGAGGAAAAGCUUUCUCAAAGCUGGGUUUCGUUGAUCUAAACAUGGCCGAGUUUGCUGGUUCAGGCUCGACUGUUCGCUGCUGCAUCCUGGAGGGUUACGACACCAAAAACACUCGCCAGGACAACUCCAUACUCAAGGUAACUAUUGGAAUGACUCUACUGUCUGGGGAUCCCUGCUUUAAAACUCCUCCCAGUACGGCCAAAUCAGUCUCGAUCAGUGACGAGGACCCGACCCUGCAGCUGGACUGUAAGGGAGAGAGCACUGAGGCGUCAGCGCCUACGCCGACACGAGGAAGCUUCAAGGAGUCUCCUCGCUCCUUCAAACCCAAACAGUCGUCAGUAUGCAGCGCAGGUCUGCCUGAGGAGGGAGAGGCCGUGUCCAGCCCAGACGACGUCUUUUACAGCGGUCACGUCCGCAGCUCGAGCUACGCCAGCCAACACAGCAGGAUCUCAGGUUACAGCACGGCUCACUCUCGCUGCUCCAGCCUCACCGACCUCAGUCACCAUAGAAAUGCCUCCUCCAGCAGCAGCGCCUCCUGCGGCCUGGCCCCCUCCUCCUCCUCCUCCUCUCAGCCGCCCCCGUCCACCCCCACAGAGGCUCCCCAACAGGCCACACCCACCAAACCAGAGAGGCCGCCUCCCCCCUCUGCAGCCGCCCUGUCCAACAGACCGUCCAGGAGGAAGAAGGACAGCGUGCAGCGCCAGCCGAGCUGUGUGGACGACACUCGGAUCGAUGCCGACGACAUCGUGGAGAAGAUCAUCCAGAGCCAGAACUUUUCCGACAGCAGCAAUAAUGAAGACAGCAACCUGAGACUCUUUGUCAGUAAAGACGGGACGACGGCGCUGAGUGGGAUGCGGCUGGCCAACAGAGGAACUCCGGGGGCUUUUGAGCCGGUCGUCAUCGAGACUCACUGAGAGGAACUCUGACCGUCCACGAUUCUGUGACGUCUGAUUGUACGAGUGUUUGUGCAGACACGUCUGUGUGCACAUAGCUUCAGAUAAGACUACUAGAAUAUAAAGACGUAUUUACCCUCACUCAUGUAUUUAAUAAGGUGGUGGGAGGUGUUUCAAGUAUGAUUAUUUUAUCUUCUCACAUACAGGAGGGGACCGUUUAAUAUAUAUUUUUUUUUUUUUACCUCAGAUGCAGAAAAACCAAGCUUUAAAGGAGUCCUGUUUAAAUGUGGAAAUAUUCCCACUGGCUCUCUUAAACUUGCUUAUUUUGAGGCUUAUUUUAAGCUUCUUUUAGGCCUUAUUUUAGCCUUCUUUUAGGCUUUUUUAGGCUUAUUUGAGGCUUAUUUGAGACUUAUUUGAGGCUUAUUUUAAGCUCAUUUUAGGCUUAUUUUAGGCCUUAUUUUAGGCUUAUUUGAGGCUUAUUUGAGACUUAUUUGAGGCUUAUUUUAAGCUCAUUUUAGGCUUAUUUUAGGCCUUAUUUUAGGCUUAUUUGAGGCUUAUUUGAGACUUAUUUGAGGCUUAUUUUAAGCUCAUUUUAGGCUCAUUUUAGGCUUAUUUUAGGCCUUAUUUUAGGCCUUAUUUUAGGCCUUAUUUUGGACUUUUUUAGGGCUUAUUUUAGGUGUUAGGGGUUUUUUACUAUAGAGGAGGAAUGUUGAGAGAAACAGGGAUGAGAGAGCUGUGGGAAAGGAGCCACGGGGCAGACUAAAACCCGGGCCUCCUGUGCACACGGGAUGUGUCUGAAUCCCAACAUAAGUGCACAGAUUACUUGAACGAAGCCCUGAAGACCACUGCAUUGUGGGAAUUGUAGUUCAACACUGAAAAAUGGUGCUUUCAGGCUCUUGUCAACUCGUAAAUUUGAACAUUUCUGAGAAAAAGUGAAUCAGGAUGUUUCAUCUGAUCAGCAUGAAAAUGGUAAAGUUCCAUCGACCCGGGACAUUCUAAGAAUUGAUCUGUUAUUUUUAGGGAUCCAUGAUUUCGGAUUUUUCUCAGUAUCCCAUAUGCCAAUAUUUCCAAAUCAUUUAAGACAAUAUUUAAGUUGUAAUUCUAAGAUUAAAGUAGGAAUUCUGGGAUUAAAGUAGGAAUUCUGAGAUUAAAGUAGGAAUUCUGGGAUUAAAGAAAGAAUUCUGAGAUUAAAGUAGGAAUUCUGGGAUUAAAGUAGGAAUUCUGAGAUUAAAGUAGAAUUCUGACACUAAAGUCAGAAUUCUGAGAUUAAAAAACAGAAUUUCUUAAUAAGUCAGAUUCCCUAUAUAAAAUCAGAAUUCCGAGAUUAAAGCCAAAAUUCUGAGUUUAUAGUGUGUGAGUUCUGAGAUUAAGUCAGAACUCCGACACUAAAUUCAGAAUUCCGACACUACAUUCAGACUUCCCAAAUUAGUCAGAUUCCCAAUACUUAAGCCAGAAUUCUGACACUACAGUCAAAAUUCCAAGAUUAAAGCCAGAAUUCUGAAAGCAAAAUCGGAAUUCUGUGAUUAAACCAGAAUUCCCAAAUUGGUCAGAUUCACCAUACUUAAAUCAGAAUUCUGACACUACAGUCUGAAUACCAAGAUUAAUGCCAAAGUUUCUUAAUAGGUCAGAUUCCCAAUACUAAAGUCAGAAUUCCAAGAUUAAAGCCAGAAUUCCUUAAUUAGUCAGAUUCCCCGUACUAGAGUCGGAAUUCCGACACUACUGUCAGAAGUCAAAGAUUAAAAUCUGAGUUCUGAGAUCAAAGCCAGAAUUCCUUGACUAGUCAGAUUCCCCAUACUAGAGUCAGAAUUCCAAGAUUUAAAUCGGAAUUCUGAGAUCAAAGCCAGAAUUCCUUGACUAGUCAGAUUCCCCAUACUAGAGUCAGAAUUCUGAGAUGAAAGUCAGAAUUUUGUGAUCAGUCUGAGAUUAUUUUCAGAUUUUGAAAUUGACAUCGUAUCUCAGCACAGAUGGUUUCCAGUGUCCCUAAUCCUCUUCCGUAUCGUCCCGGUAAUCCCAUACAUCCCCACGUAUCUGAUGUGAUAUUUUCUGCUUUUUACGAGUUGAUGAGGAACGAGUGCAGCCGUCAGACGCUCUUAUUUUGGUGAACAGACUGGAAGUGAAGCUUUUAUUCUGAUAUUUUUAUCCUAAUCACUUAUUCUAUAAACAGACAUUUUAACUGUUUUGCACAUUUGUGUUCUCGUCGUUCUGAACCACUAAAACGAAAUGGAACGUUUGUCCUGAUAGACUUCCUUAGCUUUUACUCCUCUCUUUGUUAUAUUUAGAACUAAAGGUUUUUUCUUUAAACAGCACAAACUCUGCGAUCAUAUGGCCGGCCGUAUGUGACUGUCUGCACUUCUUUAUUCCCUCUAAAUGUCGAUGCUCUUAUCGUUUCAUACGUGUUCUAAUGCUAACGUUCAUAGCUGCAGAGAGGAUGAACAGAUUAGCCAGAGAUUGGAGGCUUCUUUGGAAUUCUCCUGCAGGAAAGCUGCAGACAGAGCAGAGCAUAAGCGGGGAUGUUCUUACAGAGCCUCUCUGCACAUCCAGCAGACAAAGAUCAUCUUUAACUUUUAUUUUCAGUCUGCAGAACCUUUCAUCGACCUCGUCCCACUCCCGCCAUCGCACUUUAAAGUCUGCAGCCGUUUUUGUGUAGAUAAAUGUUUUGGAUAGUGUGUGAAUCUGUGUGAGCUCAGACCCACAGCUGCAGCAGCACAAAGCUUCUGUUGUCCUCACACUCACAAUCAACAAUAGAUCCUCCUCUGUACCACUGCAUGUUUGUCUGAUCGCUGUCUCAGAUAGUGGAGAGAGCCUCCAACCUUUCCUCCUCAGACCAGCGGGCUGGUCCACACGUUUGUUCUUCAAGUUUAAAUGUUUAAAUGUUUUUAUGUUCUGCAGUAAAGGGAGCUCUUAUAUCACUGUGAUUUAUUCUAUAUUCUCCAUGUACUUGACUGUGUUUAACCCACUUAACAUGAAUUUGGUGAAAGGGUUUUUAUUUCUGAUCAUACAUUAAACUGAAUAAUUGCAUCGUUUUAUUUGUGUUUGCAUUUUAAUCAUAAUUUUUAUUUUAUGUGCAAAGAUUGAGAUUUAGCAGAGAAUAUAAAAACUAUGUAAACUCUUGUAAUUUAUUUAAUGGAAAAAAAGGCUUUAAUAGUUCUGUCAUUGUUCGAAAAUGCAUGUUAACACAUCUCUGUACGGAAGCCUGAAGUGGACAUGCAUCCAUGCGUUUUAUUUUAGAGGGGUUCUGGGUACUCAUGGCUGAAAGUCUGGCUUGAUGCAUUCUAAAUGCGCUCUAAAGGUCUCCUGUCGUAUCUGUGCAGCACGGGCCCGUUUCAUCCUCCCAGAUACAUGGUGGAUGCAAGACAGUCUGGCUGCAGACCUCCACUGUCAGGCUCCUUGAGAGACUGAUUAGUUAAUGCACGUGUGCAGAUGUAUGUGAUGAAAAAGGGUGACAGGAGAGAGUGUGACAUUAGAGGUCUGCAGGCUGCAGCUUUAUGAAGAGGGGUCUUACAGUGGGAAGGCGGCUCAUUACCACCAUCAACUGUGGAAUAACCACAGUCUAAGUCUCUCUUCAGGCCUGGAGAGGGGGCCUGAGGCUGGAGAUCUGCAGCCAGACCCCUCUCAGUAGAUUCACAAUUAGGGAGCGGGUCUUAAAACGAAUAAAAACACUCAUGGUUGCAGGAUGGACGCCGCUGUCUGCAUGGAACAGGAACAAAUGUUGCCCCUAGCGAUGAACGUGAUCGUCCCCUCCGUAAUUCUAAACAGAUUUGUGUGUAUGCCUCCAUCCUGCUGAAUGGGUCAGUGUACGUAUGCAACUGUGCUCCAGCACAGGACCAUGUUAGUGAUGUGAAAGCAGACCAGCAGGGGGAGCAGUCGUGCGGUCCAGAACAUCUGUUCCUGAUGUGGAAAAGUGCUUACUAUUAAAAUCUUCUCUGGAUAGCAACGCUGGCUUUCUCAUCAUGAGGAGUUUUUUCUUAAGAUUUCGUGGAAAUGAUUCAAAUUCUGUUAGAAUCACAGGAAAAUCAGCAUUUUUAUCCCUUGAUAACAAGAAAAGUCAGUCAUAAGAAAAAAAUCACCCAGAAAAGACUGGAAUGUCUAUGGAUGCAUGUCUGCUUCGGGCUUCCGUAUCUCUAAAGACUUUUUCAUAAACACUCUUCUGUGAAAACUUUUUUAUUGAACUUUUGGAUUUAAAAUCAGACCUUUUCCUCACAUGAAUGUAACUACAAAUAAGAAUAUUCUCUUAUUUUAAAAUGUUGGGAAGUUAGAGAUGUGAUUUUAUAUCAGUUGUUGUUUUAAUGAGUGAACUUGUCCGUGUUUGAACUUCAUUUUCACAAACAUGCCAAAUAAAAUCUUGAAGCUGUU